AUGCCGAAGGCUCCGAAGUCUCAAAGGUUGAAGUAUGUCAGUCGAAAGUUCGCCGCGCCGGAAAAAAAGGUGGAUCCAGUGAGGAUCGGUUCGACUUCCGACAAGUCCUCUGUAGAAAGACCAGAAAACGUUUUCCCGCAAACUAAAAAGGAAAGGGAGAAGGCGAGGCAUGAUAAGUGGAUACAAAAGUUCAAUCUUUCGAAUCCACCUGAUGUCAUAAAAAAGACCAAGACCAAGAAAAAGAAAAAGUCACAACGAAUGGACGUCGAGGAAACGUUAAUGUUCAGUACGGCUUCGUUGAAGGAUAGUAUUCAAGCUAUUGAUAUUCGUCAGAAUUCAGAAUCACAAUCUCAAGUGAAGAAAUCAAAUUCGCAGUCUCCACCAUCCGCUAGGACGAAGGCAGCAAGAAAAAACAUUGCGUCAUCCUACUUUCGCAGGGAGCUAGUCAAAACCGUUGCAAAUGAAGAACACCUCGCGACCAUCGUAAUGCCUCAUGUUUCGGCAGAUACUUUCGAAAUAAUUCUCAAGUGCAUAUACGGAGGGGAUGUAGAUUUAGAAAAUAUGGAUAAUAGACUCAUUUUCGAUUUGAUGUUAUCCGCCGAUGAGCUCGAGUUUAAGGAGCUGUCCGAGAAACUGGAGACACUCUUUAUCGAAGAAAAAUCCCACUGGUUGCUCACGAGUUUUUUCCUUGUAUAUAAAUCGGUCUUUAACAAAGUCGAUCGCUUUAAAAGAUUGGAAAAUUUUUGUAUCGAUAUCAUAGUAAAAUACCCGAAUAUCAUGUUCGAUUCUAGUGAAUUCAUUUUCAUCAAUGAAUCGGCAUUAGUUUCCCUUCUUAAGAGAAAUGAUCUAGAAAUUGAAGAAAUAAAGAUUUGGGAUAAAGUUAUUGAAUGGGGAGUCGCACAAAAUCCAGGUUUGCCCUCAAAACUUGAAGAAUGGACGGAGGUGAAUUUUAUGAGCCUAAAGAUAACUCUUCAACGAUGUUUGCCAUACAUUCGUUAUUUUCAACUUUCUACUGAUGAUGUUGCCAGAAAAUUAUUACCCUAUAGAAAGAUUUUAGGAAAACAACUUUGGUGUGAUAUAAUGAUGAAUUUGAUUUCUCCUGACGAUCCAAUUGAAUCGUUGAUUUUACCUGCAAGAAAGUCAACAAACACUCCGAUGUUGCAAAGAAGAAUUAAAUCGACGAUCCUGAGCGAUGAGCAUGCGGCGGAAAUUUCGUCAUGGAUCGAUCGUAAUCCAAUAACGUAUCCGACGUCAGAUAUUCCGUAUGAAUUCCAGUUAAUAUUAAGAGGAAGUCGGGAUGGAUUUGAUCCGCAGACCUUUUGGAACAUGAGUCAUGGACAUGCAUUCACGGUCAUUGUUGUGAAGGUGGAAAGAACAGGUGAAAUCCUAGGUGGAUACAAUCCUCUAACUUGGGAUCAAACGUCUAAUGGUUAUAAAGCGACAGAUGAUAGUUUUAUAUUUUCAUUAAAAAGUGGAAAAUUGCAGAAUUCAAUUCUCAGCAGAGUCAGAGAUCAUAAUUUGGCCGUUUUAUACCGCCACCCGAACUUUCAAAAUAGCUAUGGCCCAUAUUUUGGUGGAUGUUCCGAAUUACAUUUGUUUCACAAUCGUGGUAGAAUAGGUUCUUGUAGUAAUCAAACCGAUUGUUAUGAACGUCCUAUUAGAAGACUUAAAAGAUCCGAUGAAUACUUUAACAUCGUUGAUUACGAGGUGUUUGCGGUUUCCAGGAAAGUGACGUACAGUGAGUCAUGGGGCUGA